AUGGUUUCUGGUUCUGAUUUAGCAGAACCACGAAAUUUUUAUCCAAGGCAUUUAAUUGUAGUGUCUGCACUUAAAGCUGAAGGAGGCUUAGGUGCCAUUUGGAAUGUUGCUGUUGAACGUGGGCGGAUGGAAAUUAAUGAGUUCUCUUUAGAUCCCACAGUACGACAUACAUUUUGGAGUUUAAUUAUUGGCGGUAUAGUUACAUAUCUAUCGCUUUACGGAGUUAAUCAGACACAAGUACAGCGUUUAUUAAGCGUGCGUGACUUGAAAGGUGCGCAAGCAGCACUUUGGUGGAAUCUACCAAUAUUGAGUACUUUAAGUUUUAGCACGCUUUUCAGCGGUCUGGCUAUAUUUUAUUACUACAGAAACUGCGAUCCAGUACUUGAGGGUCGCAUUAAAUACCGGGAUCAAAUAAUGCCACUGUUCGCUAUAGAUACAAUGGGUCAAUAUCCUGGACUUUGUGGCUUAUUUGUAUCUGGCAUAUUCUCAGGUAGUCUCUCCAGCAUUUCUUCAGCCGUGAGUUCUCUUGCUGCCGUCACAUUGGAAGAUUAUCUAAAACCUUUGUAUAAAGUUUGCUUCAGAAGACCUAUGACUGAUUCGAAUACAACUUUGCCAUCAAAAAUUAUAGCCUGUUUAUACGGCAUAGUCUGCGUUGGUUUAGCAUUUGGUGCUGGUUCACUAGGUGGCGUUCUUCAAGCAUCUCUGACAAUAUUUGGAAUUGUUGGUGGACCUUUAUUGGCAUUAUUUACGCUGGGAAUGUGCACUACGAGAUCAAAUCAACGCGGUGCGCUGCUGGGUUUAUUAAUUGGUUUAAUGUUUUCAUUUUGGAUUGGUUUUGGAGGACCUAAACCACCACCACCUUCAUUGCCACUUAGCGUUGAUAACUGCACAGCUGCUAUUAACACCACAAUAAAUGCAACAUUGUCAAUAAUAACCACUACUCCUAAGCCACCUGUAGUUGAAUAUUUUUGGUUGUACAAGCUAUCCUAUUUGUGGUUCUCUGUGAUUGGUUUCAUCAUAACGCUGGUUGUUGGCUAUGCUUGCAGUGUAUGGCUUGAGCUCCUAAAUUUGGCCGACAAUACACAAAUCUACUUGAACGCUGCGCGCAAGCAAGUGGAUUACGAUUUGUUUGUACCGCCACUGUCACGGAAACUGAGGGAAGCAGCAGUCGAAGAGCUGACUAAACUGAAUUCCUACGAAGCACGCUUAGUACAAUAAUUUUUGAAUUUCAGUAAGCUUGGUAUGGUUUUUUUAAUAAUUGUAAAAACGCUUAAACUAUUUGCAGGAUUUAGAAUUAUUUAUAACGUAUUAAAAUAUAUAUAUCAGGCAAGUUUAUGUUGAAAAAUAUUGUUUAAUAUACUGCCACUUUAACAUCCUUCAUUGUGGU